GGUCACUUGUCACUCUUUUUAAUACAAUGAAUUUAUUUAAUGAAAACCAAUUCGGGACUUCUUAUUCAGUCAGAUAUAUUCAAACAAACCCAUUAUGCAAUCAAUGGCGGAACUGGACAAUCGCUAUUGUAAACAAUUUUAGGUUAUAAAUUUCACCCAAAUUUCCAUUCCAAUGUGUAACCAGGUCAUGCUUCUUUACAAAGCAAGACCUUUGUUAUUUAAAAGCGUUUGCCGCUGCCAUUCCUGAAUGGAGAUGCCACGAAUCGUGCUCCUUCUCAGUGGCAAAAGAAAGAGCGGUAAAGAUUAUAUUUGCGACAAAAUAAAACAAAAAUACAAAGUGUGCGAAGUAAUAAGAAUUUCCGGCCCACUGAAACGACUGUACGCAGAGCACCACCAACUAGAUUACAAUGAAUUGUUAAGUGAUGGCCCUUACAAGGAGAAAUAUCGUCUGGAUAUGAUUAAUUGGAGCGACCACGUUAGACACAAAGACUACGGUUACUUUUGCAGGGCUGCGUGCGAGGAAGCCGCCCCAAACGAAGUUUGGAUAAUAAGCGACGUCAGAAGAAAAACCGAUAUAAAAUGGUUUCGAGAAAACUAUCGCAACGUUAAAACCAUUAGAAUCGCAGCAGACGUCGAAACUAGGGCGAAACGGGGAUGGAAAUUUUGUAAAGGUGUCGAUGACGUGAUAUCAGAAUGCGACUUGGACGAUUUUGAUGACUGGGAUCUUAAAUUAAGUAACAACAAUAAUGAGGAGUGUGAAAAAUCCAUUGAGGCUAUAUUGUGUUUAGCAGGAUAGUGGAGGUGUGUCA